AUGAUGCAGAAGAAGAAGAAGCGAUCACUAAAGAAGAAGAAGUACCAGCCAAAGAAGCCGAGGAAGAGCAGGAGCUUUGAAAACUUCAUUGCUGAGACUCUUGCAUUCGGUAUCGAUGCAGUAGUUCCACUCGCUCGUUGUGGAGUUGUAGACGAUGCUGAUGGCGCCGCCGCCGUUGGUUUCGAGAUCGACUUUAGUGUAGAGGGUGGGUUAGUGGUAGUUUUGAUUUGUGAGACCAGACACGUGCUAGAUCGAUAG